GUCGGGCGCCGCCGCUCAGCCCUCCGCGCCGCCGCGAUCAUGUCGGACCCGGCGCCCGAAGUUCCAGAGGAGAUGUUCCGCGAGGUCAAGUACUACGCGGUGGGCGACAUCGACCCACAGGUUAUUCGGCUUCUUAAAGCUGGAAAAGCCAAAGAAGUCUCGUACAAUGCACUAGCCUCACACAUAAUCUCAGAGGAUGGGGACAAUCCUGAGGUUGGAGAGGCUCGGGAAGUCUUUGACUUACCUGUUGUGAAGCCUUCUUGGGUGAUUUUGUCCGUGCAGUGUGGAGCACUUCUGCCAGUCAAUGGUUUCUCUCCAGAGUCAUGCCAGAUUUUUUUUGGAGUUACUGCCUGCCUUUCUCAGGUGUCAUCUGAAGACAGAAGUGCCCUGUGGGCUUUGGUUACGUUCCACGGGGGCAAUUGCCAACUGAACCUCAAUAAGAAAUGCACGCAUUUGAUUGUUCCAGAGCCAAAGGGGGAGAAAUACGAAUGUGCUGUGAAGCGAGCAAGUAUUAAAAUUGUGACUCCUGAUUGGGUCCUGGACUGCGUAUCUGAGAAAACCAGAAAGGAUGAAGUGUUUUAUCAUCCUCGUCUGAUCAUCUGUGAGGAGGAAGAAGAAGAGGGGGAGGAAGAGGAGGAAAACGAGGAGCAGGACUCACAGAAUGAGGGCAGCACAGAGGAGAGGUCGAGCCCGGCCAGCUCUCAGGAGGGCUCCCCUUCCGGUGACCAGCAGUUUUCACCCAAACCCAGCACUGAGACAUCCAAAGGGGAGUUGAUGUUUGAUGACUCUUCGGAUUCAUCACCUGAAAAGCAAGAGCGGAAUUUAAACUGGACCCCAGCAGAAGUCCCACAGCUUGCAACAGCAAAGCGCAGGCUGCCUCAGGGAAAAGAGCCUGGGCUCAUUAACUUGUGUGACAAUGUCCCGCCUGUACCAGGGAACAUCCUGCCUCCUGAUGUCCGGGGUAACUUAAUGGCUUCUGGACAGAACCUCCAAAGUUCAGAACGAUCAGAAAUGAUGGCUGCGUGGAGCCCAGCCGUGCGGACGCUGAGAAAUAUCACUAAUAAUGCUGACAUUCAGCAGGCUAACCGGCCGUCCAGUGUAGCUCAUGUAAAUUUACAGUCCCUUUCAGCACCCACGAAAAAUCUAGACCAGCAGGUGAAUCACAGCCAGCAGGGACACACCAAUGCCAAUGCUGUGCUGUUUGGGCAGGUGAAAGGAGCUGCGGAGACACACAUGCUCCAGCAGCACCAUCAGCCCCAGCCGCAGCCCCCACUACCACCGCAACACCCAGUUCUCCACCUCCAGCCACAGCAGAUUAUGCAGCUGCAGCAGCAGCAGCAGCAGCAGCAGCAGCAGCAGCAACAGCAGCAACAGAUGUCCCAGCAAGCCUACCCACAACCACCGGCACAUCAGUUCCCACAGCAGCAGCAAGUCCAUCAGCAUCAGUUUCCUCAGCAACAGAUGCAGUUUCAGCAGCAACAGUUGCAUCCUCAGCAGCAGCUGCAUCGCCCUCAGCAGCAGCUGCAGCCGUUUCCCCAGCAGCAUGCCCUGCAGCAGCAAUUGCACCAGCUGCAGCAGCACCAGCUGCAGCAGCACCAGCUAGCACAGUUGCAGCAGCAGCAGCAGCAGCAGCACAACUUGCUCCAGCAGCAGCAGCUCCAGCGCCUGCACCAGCAGCAGCAGCAGCAACAGAUGCAGAAUCAGGCAGCGCAACACUUGAGCCAAUCUUCCCAGGCGCUGCAGCACCAGGUCCAGCCCCAGCCGCCUCCGCAGCCCCAGCAGCUGCUUCCACCCCAGCAGCAGCAGCUUUUUGGACAUGACCCAGCAGUGGAGAUUCCAGAAGAAGGCUUCUUACUAGGAUGUGUGUUUGCAAUUGCGGAUUAUCCAGAGCAGAUGUCUGAUAAGCAGCUGCUGGCCACCUGGAAAAGGAUAAUCCAGGCACACGGUGGCACUGUGGACCCCACAUUCACGAGCCGAUGUACACAUCUUCUCUGCGAGAGCCAAGUCAGUAGCAUGUAUGCACAGGCGAUCCGGGAAAGAAAGAGAUGUGUGACUGCACACUGGCUGAACACAGUCCUGAAGAAGAAGAAAAUGGUGCCACCUCACCGAGCCCUGCAUUUCCCUGUGGCGUUCCCGCCGGGAGGAAAGCCAUGUUCGCAGCACAUUAUCUCUGUGACUGGAUUUGUUGACAGUGACAGAGAUGACCUGAAGUUAAUGGCAUACUUGGCAGGUGCCAAAUACACGGGCUAUUUGUGCCGCAGCAACACAGUCCUCAUCUGUAAAGAACCAAGUGGUCUAAAAUAUGAAAAAGCCAAAGAGUGGAGGAUCCCGUGUGUGAAUGCUCAGUGGCUUGGGGACAUCCUGCUGGGAAACUUGGAGGCGCUGCGGCCCAUCCAGUAUAGCCGCUACACAGCGUUCAAUCUACAGGACCCGUUCGCGCCCACCCAGCACUUGGUGUUAAGUCUUCUAGAUGCAUGGAGAAUCCCAUUGAAAGUCUCAGCAGAGUUAUUGAUGGGUGUGAGAUUACCUCCCAAACUGAAGCAGAAUGAAGUAGCUAAUAUUCAGCCUUCUUCCAAAAGAGCCAGAAUUGAAGAUAUUCCACCUCCUACUAAAAAGUUGACACCAGAAUUGACCCCUUUUGUGCUUUUCACAGGAUUUGAGCCUGUCCAAGUUCAGCAGUAUAUUAAGAAGCUCUACAUCCUGGGCGGGGAGGUGGCUGAAUCCACACAGAAGUGCACCCACCUCAUUGCCAGCAAAGUGACGCGCACCGUGAAGUUCCUGACGGCUAUCUCCGUGGUGAAGCACAUUGUGACUCCAGAGUGGCUGGAGGAGGGCUUCAAGUGUCAGAAGUUCAUUGAUGAGCAGAACUACAUCCUCCGAGAUGCUGAGGCAGAAGUGCUUUUCUCUUUCAGUCUGGAAGAAUCCUUAAAACGAGCACAUGUUUCUCCACUCUUUAAGGGAAAAUAUUUUUACAUCACGCCUGGCAUUUGCCCAAGCCUUUCAACCAUGAAAGCCAUCGUGGAAAGUGCGGGAGGAAAAGUGUUGUUGAAGCAGCCGUCCUUCCGGAAGCUCAUGGAACACAAGCAGGAUAAGAGUCUGUCGGAGAUAAUUUUAAUAUCCUGUGAAAAUGACCUUCAUUUAUGUCGAGAGUAUUUUGCCAGAGGAAUAGAUGUUCAUAAUGCAGAGUUUGUUCUAACUGGAGUGCUCACACAAACGUUGGAUUAUGAAUCAUAUAAAUUUAACUGAUGGCCUCCUGCCGGCUGCAAGCCUGGACCCCAAAGCACAGGUCAGCUGCCAGCCGCACACCGGGGCUUCCUCCAGCCUGCUUGUUUUCCUGCUGCUCCAGGGACAAGAUGUGAAGCAGGAAAACAGAUGUAAUACUUAUACUGCAUCUUUUAAGAUGUGCAAUUUUAUUCUGAGGAAACAUAAAUUAUGUUUUGUAUUAUAUGACUUUAUGAGCCCACAUUAGGUCUUAUGAUUCAUUUGCCGGGUUUUUAAAUGUUUUCACAAAACCGUGUGGACCUUCAGCUACAAAUAAAAUGGUGUAAAGAAAGACCAUGCUAUCUAAAUUAUGGAUGUUAAA